AUGGCUCAUAAGGCCAUUGCGUCGAUGAAGUACGGCGGAUAUAAAUGUAAUCACCUUUCUAAUACUACAGAGAACACGAGGAAGUGCAAUAAGAGCAGGUUGACUCAAAGUUCUUUUAAAUAAACGAAAAAUUACUUAAUUGCGUCUAUCAUUUUGUGGACCCCAAAAAAGUCUAAAAAAUGUCAUAUCUCAGUCAAGGCAAAAUUUUGUUCCAAAAUCCUAUGGGACAUGAUUUCUCGUUUAAUUUGCCACAUUUCAUCUGUUGAACAUUAUUCGAUAUCAUUUAGUACAAGGAAGAUAAUCGCUAAAAACAGGGUGCGUCUAUCAUUUUGUGGAGCAGUAUAUGCUACGCCAAAAAUCAUUCUUGCGAUUUUCCGGAGGAGCUACUACACAUACUUACAUACCAUUUCGUUUCCAGGCCACAUGGGUGAGCCGCGUCAAAAAGUCCGCCAUUACAAAAUGAUACCAUCUCAUCCUUCAAAUCUCAUUCAACUCGUAUUUUACACAACUUUAAUCUUCCCUCUUCUCAUUUCCACGAUAACUGCCGACGUCUACAACGGCUACAACGCGGCGAACACGAUCAGAAAUCGGCAGGGGAAUGAGAAUUCCCCGAUCAUUUUGCCCAAUUAUUACCAUUCUCCCAACGACAAGGAGAACAGAGCUCACGAGUUUUGGGCCGAAAACGAGCCCAAGCCACAUUUUCACGGCGGACGACCUAUUGAUUACAAAUUACAUCAGCAUUUUGGGCCAGAGGAGAGCGAUUUCCCGGAGAAUCAUCAGUAUAUCACGGAUCCGCCGGGCAUUGGGCUGAAUAAAAGUGAGUUAUGCUUACAAGGGAAGUCCUCCAAGUGCGACGCUCAGAUUUUCUUUAAAUUUUGCACACACGUUGGGGAUGAACUAAAUAUUAUCAAUUCCUCAAAGCUUUGGCUCGCGCUUUGCAACCGCCACCGAGAUAUUGAACGAUACUUGCCGCCGAGAGAGCAGGCUAAACGCUGAGAGCGGUCAGAGAGAAAAAUGCUUUUUGGCCAUAACUUUGCUAGUUUCGUGCGGAAAAAAUUGAUUUUUUGUGGAAACAUUACCCUUUACAGUCGAAAUAAGCUAUGCAAAUUUUCGUGCCGAAAUUCGAAAAAAAAUCUUAAAUUUUCGCCGACUUUUGAUCUAAAAAUCUCGGGGUUUUUUCUGCAAAGCGCGAGCUAGGAUUCUCGCAUAUAUCCUAGAAAAAAUUAUUCGAAAUUUGUGCCAAGUUUCAUCAAAAUCUGAAAGUCGCCCUUGGGGUACUUCCCUUGCUAGAUUUGGCCCGAAUUUUGAUCAUCGGAUGCCUAAAAAUAAAAAAAUAGUUUAGUGUUUUGUAAAAUACGCUAAGCCCUCAUAUAGUGGCCUUAUUAUUUUCAGACCGUCUCCCAUGCAAAACCCGCCAACUCCCAUCCACUUAUGACGAAAUCACUCCUCUCGACGAUGGAAUUGAGCUUCGUCUUGGCAAUCCCUACGAUUGUCACAACCAAAAUAUGAUCGAAGUAACUCCUUCGAUCCAAAAAAUCGAAUACGACGACCAUCGCCAAACUCUUCCCUAUCCCACACCCGACGAUUUGCCAAAUUCGAUCGAGGAGAAGAAGCCGAAUCCGGAGUCGAAUUGGCCGUUGGAUACGAAUUCGAACUACGACUACGAUUCGAAUAAUUUGAUGGCAAAACCAAUCGAUUGUUAUGGAAAUUCGUGCGACAAUGUUACGCCAAAGCCCACUAUUCAAGAUGUGAUCACGAGAAAGACGAAGAUACCGUUGAGAAUUCCGGCGUCCGGCGCGUUUAUAACGCAUCCCAGCACCUUGGAAUUUAUCCGCUCUCAUACCACGGAAAGUCCGGAAAAUUCCCCCUACGAUCAGCCGAAUUUACCCUCAGGGCAUGGAGAAUAUGACGGGCCAAAUGCCAAGGAAACCGGUAAUUACGACGCGCCGAAUCGGGCCAAUUUGCCAGAAGUGGUGACAGCGCACCGUGCAGACCACAAAUCUGGCUAUAACCAAAACCCCUCAGGCUAUGACGACAAAAGUGGCUAUUCCCCCAACUCCUCGCAUCAUGCAGGUCCUCCAGGAGCUAUUCCGCCGGAAGAGAACACUUCCGAUUCAUUGAAUAAUCGUGGCAGACUCCCCAGCACUGUGCGCCCGAAAAUUAUCCACCGCUACUACAAUGACGGCUAUACCACGCGCUCCGGUGGAAGUUAUUACAUGCCAGCCGCCUCAGCGGAGACUCCAUUUACUGCUGCACAGGAUUUAUAUACCAGCCCCGCCGCUACGCUGGAUUACGGUAGCUUUGGGAGUACUGUAACUCCGGGCGCCGGAUUCGGCGAGAACUCGCAAAUUGCCUCGGAAAUUCCGAACCGCAGCUACGACAGUAAUGAAGAGACCAUAUUCGCAUUCACCACAGAGCCUUAUGUGGAGAAGAGUACAGGGCCGAUCAUUGAGAGUGGAUACGAAUUCCAUGGCGCCGAACCAAGCAGCUACGAUAAAUACCCGAAGAAGGAGGUGACCGAUGAGAGUUAUCCCGGCGUUGGAACGCCCAAACCAACUCCACCGACCACUACGGAAUCAAGACCGCCGUAUGUGCCUCCGGUGACAGUUACACCAAGCUGUAAGUUCGAAAGAUUUUUUUUUCAUUAUAAUUUGGUUCGUUUUAAGAAGAAGCGUAUUUUACAAACCUUUACUCCGAUAGAAUUUCCAAAAUUAACCAUAAAGAAAUUCUCACAGCCUUAACUGUGAGUUUUGAAACUGUUAACAAGUGCAGUGAUGAAGAUGCUAUAUAAGCAUACCAAAAUAGCAAGGAAAGUACUCCACGUGCGACGCUCAGAUUUUCAUGAAACAUGGCGCAGAUUUAGAAUAAUUGUUUGUAAGACAUAUAUAAUAGAAGACUUUUAGCCACCGCUUUGCGGAAACGACCGAGAUUCUUUUAGUUUUUGAAAAUUUUGGCAUAAAAAGUAUUGUGGCUAUAUCUACACCGGGUGUACCGUAGAGAUCAGUGUUUUGUUUUCCGCACGAAACUGCCGAAAGUAUGGCCAAAAAGUGUUUUUUCUCUCUCACCGCUUUCCCCGUUUUGCAUACUGCUCUCGGCCACAAUGAUCAUCGGAUGUCUAUGCGAAAUGCGAGUUGCGAGUAGGUUACAGCGCAUGCAUAGAGAACAUCUGAGCGUGGCACUUAGGGUACCUUUCUUGUGUAAGCUCAUGAGCAAAAUGAUCGAACGACGUACAUCAGUCUGUCGGAAAAAUAAUGAACACCAUGUGGCUGCGCCAAUCGCGUUGCUGAAGUGAAAAGAAAUUUGGUUUUGCCGCGACACAAUUCAUUUUCUCGACGGCGAUACGAUUUGCGAUGCGACAGAGUGCUCACUAUUUUCCCGACAGACUGGAACAAUCUUCCCAGACACUUGCACACUCACCACUGCUUUUUUUCAGACAACCCCUACGACGGUAACUUCAACUACAAGCACAAUGCUCACCCUCCAGGCCAAGAGCCUCCGUACGAGCAGCCCAAGCCGGUCACAGCCCGACCCCCUGUCUAUCAGACCACCUAUAACUACCGAACCACAACUCCGCACACACCAUCGACGUCGGCUUACUCUUACACGACGCCAACAUCGCCAACUACAACAACUGCGGAUAUUGAUGGGAGAUUUAAGACGGUGCUGCCGCAAAGAAACGCCUAUCCACCGGGACAAGCGCCCACGUAUGAGGAGAAGAAUUCGCCAAAAGCCAGCGGCAGUUUUGGCGAUGGUUAUGGUAAGGGGUUUAAAACACGGUGCGGUCUAUGUAGUUUUUACAUAUUAGCCCAAAAAAAUGUGGAUACGGAUACGGACACAAAAAAGGUUCAAAUUUUGAAGUUUCACAGCAAAAAUGCCCUAAAAACACUCCAGCCAGGCAAAACAGGAAAACAUAUUGACAAGGUGUAGCAAUCAAAAAAAGCAGUUUUCCGCAGUAAUUUUGAUUUUGAACCUUUUCCCACGUUGUCAUCAACGCACUGUGCAUUUUUCCGGUACUGGGACGAUUGGCGAAACCAAAAAGUAUUAUUUUUCCUCGAUGAAAGCGUCGAAUUAGGAUAAUCGAGGGUGCUGAUUUCGAAAAUGGCAUUCAUUUUUCCUUUUGCGCACCUUGCAAACCUGGAAAAUCCUAAUAUCGGCCUGUCGGGAAAAUAAUCGGCAAUUUUUGUUGGGUAGCUGAAGUGAAAAGCGAUUUGAUUUUGCCGCAAAACAAUUCAUUUUCUCGGCGGCGAUUCGAUUUUCGGUGCGGCAGAGUCCUCAUUAUUUGUUACUAAUACCUACAAACUUGUCUAUUAUAGUCAUGUUUUGUUGUACGAUAACCCAGAACUUCCACUGUAAUAUUACUAUAAUUUCAGACGUUGAAAAUGCCUUCAAGCAUCCCCAUCCAACGCCUCCCCCAACUCCCCCGCGAUACGUUCCCCCAUCGACUACGGCCACACCAUCUCCCUCAGCAGUCUAUUCUGACGCUCCAACAACGGCAAAGACUUUAGAAUACUCCUCGUCUUUCACUCAUCCAACAAUAUCCAGCUACGAGAACUUCGAUUCCAAUGAAGCUCCCGAAACGAUUUUGGCGCUCUCUCCCACCCCAUUUAGUGUCAUACCUACAACUACAACGCCAACGACUGAUUACCGAGUGGUUACUGUUACUGCCAGAGCGAUCGCCAGCUCAACAACUACCACUGAAACUUCCACAACGCCCAAGGAAGUUACAGUAAGCACAAAGCCGGAUGUGGGCCUAAAAUCCUUCGUCAAAACCGGUCACGCCGGAGGGCAUAACUUCAGAAUCGAGAAGAUUGAGCCCCAGACCACAGUGACUCCAAAACCACCGCCAACUGUCUACUCCACUGUCGGAGUGACGCUGAAACCAAGGAAUCUUGUGGAUCAUGACAUUAAUAUCAAGGAGACAAAGGCCGGCGGGCAUGUGCUGGCCAAGGAGUGUUGUGCCUGCUGUGCGGACGAUCCACGACCAAAAGCGACAGCCGUACCGAGAAAGGAUGACGUCGGGUAUGCGGUAACACCAACGGUGGGACCGGCUCCGGGUAAGUUGAGAGUUUAAAGGAUCUUUGAGCUUCUCUGUUGUGAUCUUUGAUCUGUUGCACAUUCCAAAACCAAUACAGCAUUUUUCCAGGCAUUUUUUAGUUGUUUUUGGGGAGAUCAGUCAAUAGGAGUUUACUAGUCGCGGAAAAAAGUCGUGGGAUUUUUCUGCGACUCUGCACUGUGCAUGAACCCGAAAAGUGCUUUUGCACUGUGCAAUUUUCUUUAUUUUGCCUUAUUGUCGCGCGCGAUUCCCGCGACAAAUCAACUUUUCGGGGCGCGACGGAAUUUGGGGGGCGCGAGAAAAUCCCAGGACUUUUUUCCGCGACUAGUAAUUUUAAUUAAAAAGUGAUAACUUUACUCUGAAGAAUUACAAAACAUGCAAUAACUCUUACUUUUAAUCCAUCUAAUCGACAGAAAAAAAGUCACGGAUAGAUCAGCCUUUCAAUUUGGGCAAAUCGGGUAUUGGUCCAACUACACACUUUUUUUGAAAUUUCAAAUUCAUUUUGACGCUUUACAUUAUGACACAUCGUUAUUUAAACGGUCCAGGGUUUCGGCAGAGAAUUUUGCAAUACUGGCUAAACAUAUUUUUGUGCCAAUGCCCGAUCUGCCUUACAUCGAGGGUAGCGACGGACACUGGUGCACACAAAACCCGCUCAAAUUUCUUAAAUUCCCUUCCUUUCUUUACACCACAAAUCACCUGUUUUUCUCACCACCGUUUGCUCCUCAAAACCUCAAAUUUAAACCGACCCUCCAAAAAAAAUUAUAGCCAAGCCCACCAAGACAUACCCUGACGGGCCAAAACCGACGGAUCACAAAGAUUUAGAGAAGUGCGAGUGUAGUUUUCCACCCUACGGAUUUCCAGGUGCUUCUCCAUGGUUUGCGCCGGGCGGUGGGCCCUUCCCUUGGGCCGGUGGAAGCCAGGGCUGUGGAGGGCCUUGUCAAGGAAAUCCCAAGCCAUGUUGCGGGCCUGAACCGCCAAAACCUUGCUGUCCAAGCGUCCCGAAUUGUUGUCAGAGUAAGUGGAAUACCUUCGGGUUAUAAUUGACUUCUUUAUAAACGGGAUUGUAUUUAGACAAGUGUUAAUUAUUACACUUUUCAGCUCCAUGUUGUCCCAAGAUCAGCCUGCCGUGCUGCCCACAACAAUCGUUGUGUUGUGAUCAAGGCUAUGGAUGUGGGCAAUGUCGAAGCCGAGCAGCGUUAAGAGUGCGAACGAAACGAACAGUAAGCUGGAAAAUUUCCCAGUUUUUUUUAGAAAAUCUCUAUAUGUAAGGAAUCGUACGUAGCAAAAGCUAUAGAGGAGUUUUGUUAUAUGGAGGUUUAUUUCGGCCGAAAGCUAACAUGUUGGACCCCUAAAAUAUUAUAUCGUGUUAUUAUAUACAGUGACGGACCUGAUCCAGUGGCAAAAAACGUACCAAUUUGUAUUUUGGAAGUAUCAAAAAAUGUAGCAAAAUGCAUCCCUCUCAAUGUGAAAAAACAUCCGCUUUGAAGGACGGGCCCUUCUUCUCUCAAAAAGGGCGGGCGGGCUUUUGAAAUCGGAGUUUUUUCACUUGGAGAUGGAGGUAUUUUGCCACAUUUUUUGAUACUUCCUGGAUGCAAAAUGGCACUUUUUUGCCAAUGGAUCGUUUCCGCCACUGUAUCUUGAACUUACAAUUUUGUGUGAAUCUAUCUUUUUUCAGUUAUGUUUGCCAUGCAAUGGCCGGAAGAAGCGGGAUGUGUUCGACGAAAUCAUCCAUUCAAGGCAAAAGCGGCUGGCUUGCCAAUUCUGCUCCAGGAAGAAGCGGCAAACGGUAUGAUCACGCAAAACUACAGAGCUAUGCAGAGGUUCUACUGUUUGAAAAAAAAUUUAUUAUAAAGUGGUUCAUUUCUGGGCAUAUACCAUCGAAUUUGCUCGGCUAAAAACGCAGCUUUUGGCCAAUAAAAAUUUAUUAUUAUCGCAUAGUUUUACUUUUUGUUUCAGUGCCAAACUUGCUCCCCAUUCCAACAAUCCAUCUUCUCGCAGUUACGCUCCUCAAUGGACACUUGUUCCCAUUGUCCAACUUUGGCUCAUCGGAAGAAACGAGAGGCCGAAAUUAAGGAGUAUUAUGUAAGGAGGAUUCUUGUAAAAUACGAAUUAUAUAGUUGAUGUCUAUUCAUACAUGAUGAUUUUUAGGAGUUGAAGAAAAAUCAGUCAACAAUAAACAUGACUGACAGCCAGUCGAACGAAAGCCUUGAAAAAACAACGAUAGCAAGGCGAAGUCGACAAGUCGUAAGUUUGCUUGGUUAGAAGGCUACAUUAGUCCUCUAUUUUUUUCUUUUUUUUUGUGUCGGGAAAAUAAUGAGCACCUGUCGUAUUGAAAAUCGCAUCGCCGGCAAGAAAAUGAAUUGUGUCGCGGCAAAAUCAAAUUUCUUUUCACAGCAACGCCAUCGUCGCAGCGAAAUUGUGCUCACUACUUUCCCGACAAAUUGAUAAGCUUCAAAAGGAAAAAAAUUACAGUGGCGGACCUGAUCCAUACGACGCUUACAUGUUUACAUUUCAGUGAGAUAUUGCACGAUCUUUGCCGCUAAAAAUUCGUGAAAAAGUGAUACAUUUUUGUCAACUUUCAACCAAAAAUCUCUUUCUUUUGUGGAAGACCGGACCCACAGUGGGCCUUUUCCAGUGGCAAAAAACGUACCACUUUGCAUCCGGGAAGUAUCAAAAAUGUGGCAAAAUACCUCCCUCUCCAAGUGAAAAACUGUGGUUUCGAAAGCGCGCCCGCUCUUUUUGUGAGGGAAAGGCGCCCUUCAAAAAGGAGUUUUUAUAACUGGUGGGGGAGGCAUUUUGCCACAUUUUUUGAUACUUCCCGGAUGCAAAAUGGUACGUUUUUUGUCACUGGAUCAGGUCCGACACUGUAGGACGUCAGAAUUCAUUACGGCCCUGAAAACUGGAAAAAAUAAAAAGUUUUUAAACUUUUUUCUUGAGAAAAUGGACCUCCACUACAGUACACCCAGAUACAGUAGCUUUUUCGAAAUUUUUCUUGUGAAAUCGUAAUACGGGUUCAUAGGCAACUAAUAUUUGAAAGUUUGAACAAAAUUGAACAAGUCUGAAUUUAAUGUCGCAGCUGUAGUUGAGCCUCGCUCGUUCCUUGGAAAAAACGUGUUUUAAAACUGUUAUCUAUUUUUUUAAAAGAGCUAAAGCCAAAGAUCGACGUAUUUUACCAUAUUCUACACCGUUUUACCCCAAUUAACCACAAUUUCAGCACGCCAACGACGAGCAAUGCGACGCAUCUUGUUGCGACUUCUCCAAAUGUCAACGCAAUUCGGGCGGCUUCAACUCGUUCCUUCGGAAAAUGUAA